AUGACAGAGCGCGCCGAUACCCUCCAUGCAUCAAGAGCAGACGUCUGGUACCUCAAGGAAAUCGCGUUUGGAAGCGCGGAAACAAAGCGAAGAUUAAAGAUCAUAACGCAGAAUUUCAAUGGACCGUGUUCGUUCAUUGCUAUUUGCAAUAUUCUGAUACUCCGAGGACAGAUUGAAGUCCUGCCAUAUGAGCGGGGAACGGUGUCAUACGAAUUCCUUGCGCAGCUCGUAGGAGAGUAUCUCCUCAUGAGCUGUCCGGAUAUUGAUGUCUCUGCUGCACUCUCGAUCAUGCCUAGCACCACCAAGGGCCUCGAUCUCAACCCUGUCUUCACAGGCGCCACGUCAUUUCGACCUGCAGGGGAAGGUGGGGAGCUGAAGUUGUUCGAGCAGGCAGGGAUAGAACUCGUGCAUGGGUGGCUUGUUGACCCUGACAGCGAGGAGUUCAGGGUGUUGCAGCAUGUACGUGAUUACGAUACUACAGUAACACUUAUUGCGGAUGCGGAUCACAUCACGAGGGGACGGUUGUUGAGUGGGGAUGUGUGGGGUGAAGGAGAGGCAGGGAGUAGUAGCCAAGCGGGGAGCGGGCCGAGUGGCUAUGCGGGCCCGAGUAGUGCUAGUGAUAAUUAUUCGGAGAAAGAUAGAGAGAAGAUCGAACAUGCGCUGGUGGCACAGGCGUUCUUGGAUAGUACCAAGUCUCAAUUGACGUAUCAUGGGCUGUUUCAGCUUGCGUCUACGUUACAGCCUGGGUCACUUGUUGCGCUGUUCCGAAAUUCGCACCUUUCUGUGCUGCAUAAACGGGAGGGAGAGGACUCGUCACUUUACAGUUUGGUCACGGAUCAUGUGUUCCUGCAAGAACCAUCGGUGAUAUGGGAGCGUCUAGAAGAUGUCGACGGGGUUGGGUCGACGUUUGUGGACUCGGCAUUUGUUCGUUCGACACCUGUGGGGGGCGAUUUUGCUGGACACACGGCGGAAAGCGCAUUGCAUGCUCUAGAGAUGGAAGGAAACCCCGAAUGCAAGUUAUACAGUGUGAUAUUAGCACGGCAACUACAAGCGGAAGAAGACGCGCGAUCACAUGAGAUAUAUAAGCGGAGACAGCAGCAGCAGGAGAUUCGACAGAAGGAAGAGGAGCGGAAACGGAAGAACGAGGAUAGUGCUAGUAGGAAAAGCAAGAAGAUGAAAGACAAGUGUGUUAUAAUGUAG